UUCAAUUUCUUAUGAUGCAGUAGAAAACAAAUAAGAUUUAUUAAUUUAAAUUUUCAAAAUCUUCUUUCAACCAAAGGUACAAAUGAAAUGAAUAGUUAAUAAGGCCAUCUCGGGUAGUAAUCUCGUCAGAGUUGCUUAAAUUCAAGAAACCGUUUUUUUCUCCGUUGGAGGUGGUCCAAGUGACAAAUCAUCAAUAUCUAUAUACUAAAACUGAAGUAUGACAAAUAUACUAAAAUGCCUAUGACUGAGGUGUUGACAUCUGUCCAUUUUCUUGGUUUUAUGGUCAUUUUAUGGUUAUGGGUUGUUGGGUUGGUUUUAUGCCACGUAGCUUGGUGUGUUGUUCAGUGUUUAGGUUUGGCAUUUCCAGUUUCGGUAGUUUACUUCUGUUGGUGGUGUAUGUGGCUUCUUCUGCAGUGUUUUUGGGUCCUUUCACUAACAACUUGGAACCUGCUGAUUUAUGUUUGGUUUCCAUUCUUUCUUCUUCAUUUUGGUGUCCUCUUCAGUUUCACUUUUUGCUUUUUGUUUUUAGUUGAGUUUUAGAGUUGCUGAUGACUUUUGUCUUCAAUACACCUGUUCUGUUGUUUAGCAUUUUGGCAUGAGGUUGUGAUUUCCGGUUUUCUGUAGUUGAAGGUUCGAGUUUUGUUCGUCUGUUGUGCAUGUGUGUUUUUGUCAGUUUUUUGUUGUUUGCUGAUUUUGGUCUCUGCAUGUUUGUUUUCUUCUAGCAUGUGCUCUGUUCUGUUUUUUAUUAUUAAAAAAUCCUUGCUUUUCUUUUCGUUGGCUUCCAUUUGUCUGUUGGUCGUUGGAUUGCAUUUGCAUGGUUUUGGAUUGAUCAUAUUAUUCCUUUAGAGGUAUAAUUCUUUGGUUCUGUUUUUUUUCUGUUUGUUGACUUGGCUAUUUUGUUUUUGUCUCUUUUCCCUGGCUUCGAUGGUUGGAUUGCAUUUGCAUGGCUUUUGAUUGAUCAUAUUAUUCCUCUAGAGAUAUAGUAUUUUGGCUUUGUUUUUCUGCUGUUUACUGACUUGGCUAUUUUCUUUUUGGUUGAGGUCGUUGCAUGUAUUGGCUGAGUAGAUCAACUGAUAGUGUAAUACUUUUUAUGGUAUGUUGGCAUUGAUGGAAAUGUUAUUGCAUGUGUCGUUUAAGUCUGUGUUGGUGUUCUGUUUUUUGUAAACAAAACUUUGUUGUGUUUGUUUUCGGCCCCUUCCAUUUGUUUGUUAAUGGUUGCAAUAUUAUUCCUUUGGAGAUAUAGUUUUUUAGUUCUGCUUUUCUGUUGUUUGCUGAUUUGGCUAUUUUCUUUUUGGUUGAGGUUGUUGCAUGUAUUGGCUGAGUAGAUCAACGGAUAGUAUAAUACUUUUUAUGGUAUGUUGGCAUUGAUCGAAAUGUCAUUGCAUGUGUCGUUUAAGUCUGUGUUGGUAUUCUAUUUUUUGUAAACAAAACUUUGUUGGUUUUAUUUUCGGCGGCUUCCAUCUGUUUGUUGAUGGUUACAUUGCAUUUGCAUGGUUUUGGAUUUAUCACAUUUUUCAUUUAGAAUUGGCAGUUCUAUCCAAUUUUAUGGCAAGGAUUCCUGACAAGAUUAAGUCUAUUGAUGGGUCAAAAGAGACGCUUAAGCUUGCUGUGAGAAUCACCGACCUUUGGUUCGUUGGGACUCCCAACAAGUUUGAGCAAGCGGAAAUGGUUAUUGUUGAUUCUGAGGGUGAUCAAAUUCAUGCUGUUUGUAAAGCGGACCACCUAAAGUCUUGGAAAGCUUAUUUGAAGGAGAAUUCCACUUAUGUUAUGCAUAAUUUCAAAGUGGUCAAGAAUGAUGGUCAAUUUAGAGUGUGUGAACAUGAGUACAAGUUAGCUUUUAUUGGAGUGACUAUUGUUAGAGAAGUUGAUUUGCAUGAACUACCUUUUAAGGAAUUUAGAUUUGUUGAAUUUGGAAAUGUCGUUGCUGGGAAUUUUGUGGUUGGCCUGUUGGUUGAUAUUAUUGGGGUCGUUGAUCAGGUGCUUUUUCAGCAUGUUUCAUCAAAAAAUACCAGGGUUGUUUUUAGAAUGAAGGAUUUGAGUGGUGAAGUUUUAUCUUGCACACUUUGGGAAAAUUAUUGUAUGCAGUUCUUAGCCUAUUUGAAUGAACGUGGAAAUGAUGGGCCGAUCGUUAUUAUUUUGACACAUGCCAGAAUAAAAGAUGCGCAGGGAAGUUAUCUAGCUUCAGUGAGCAAUUCGUUCAAGGCCUCAAAAUUAUUAAUUAAUGAACCUAUAUUGGAAAUCCAGGAAUUUAGAGAGAGGCUUUUAGAUUUAGGUGUUAAGGUCAGCCCAGUUUUGCCACCUGGCGAUCAAGGAAGUUCACAACUUUCAAGGGGAAGCCAACUAUCAUCAAAGGAUGCAUUUCUUUCAAAAGUUGAAGCCAAAACUAUUUACGAGAUCAAUGGCAUUUCUGAGGAUGUUGUUUGUGUUACAGUGGGCACUAUUAGCAAAAUAGUCAUGAAUAAUCAUUCAUGGUGUUAUCCAGCUUGCGUUCAAUGUCAUAGAAAAACUGACAUCCAAACAGGACCAUUCACAUGCGGAUGUGGCAAAAAUAAUGACCAGCCUGUUCUAAGGUAUAGAGUUGAAGUAAUGGUUAGCCAAAACAAUGACAGUAGCAAGUUUUUGCUCUGGGACCGUGAAUGUGCUGAAUUGAUUGGUCAAACAGCUGAUGAAGUGAAUAGGGUCAAGAUUGAAGAUGGUGAUGUUGAUUUAAAUGCUUCUCCUCAAGCACUUGAUAGGCUGUUGGGUUAUGUGCUUGCUUUUAAGGUUAGGAUUCAAUCAAAAUUCAGGAAUGUCGUUGUUCUUAGAUGCUCAAAUGAAUUAGAUUUGAUCAAUGUUGUGCUCGACAUGCUGGCUGAUACUGAGGCAUGUUCGAAAAUAGAUGCUUCGAACGUUGAUUGCAAUAAUGCUACGCAUCCUGAAUGUUGGACCAUGAUCCAGUUGCAGGAUUCCCUUUAACGCCCAAAAAACGACUAUCAUCUGAUGAAGUUGAUGAUGAGUUAGGAAGCUCCCAAAUUUCCCCAACCCAACUAUCGUCUAACAAAUUAACAAGCAUUCUGAUAAGAGUGAAUUUAGCUAAUUCCAGAUUGUUUUGACUGUGUUUUCACGGUGCUGUUAUAAUAUUGUGGGAUUAAGCAAACAAUUAUGUAGUUUUGCUUAUGACUACCUCUGACAAUUCCUCUGACAUUUCUUUCCACCAUGCUGAUGUUUUGGCCAUUUGAAAAUCCAUUUUUUUGGAUUCAUGCUAUUUUGUCUCUUGGUACUGUACAUUUUUGUCUUUUAUAUUCUGUCAGUUCUGGAGCUAA